AUGACUGCUGUUAGUUACACUAUCGAGCCGAUCGAAGGCCGUGCUGCCAUUCAAAGAAACUUCGUGAAGCUUCCCGAACGCGCUUCAAACUAUUCAAAUCGGCAUGUCACCCUCAACGAGCGGUUUUCGAUCAUUGAACGUGGUUACUACCUCAAGCCCGCGGAGCUGCACCACCAACCGUCGAAACCACCACGAGUCAGACUCGUGCCGACAAGCACCACUCCUCUCGAGGAUAUAAUGGCUGCUUGCCAAGCAAAAACGGAAAGAAGACAAUUGGAUGCACAGCGUAAAAAGGCAAAAAGCCAACAAUCUUCCCCCUGUGUCAGUCCACCACGAUCAAUAGAUUCCGUUUCUCCCUGA